UACAAGGUUUUCUCUCCAUUCCAAAACUGCGAAAACACGUCACCAAACAUGAACACCAUGAAUGUUCCAAAAGAUGAUCUUGAAAUAGCUCUGGAACAAGCUUCAAUGGGAAACAACAAGACAGUUAUAAUUGCUAUGAUAAACAAAGCUUAUGUCGAAGGGGACAACAACCCUGGAGGCAUCACACUGUUGGAUUUGUUCUUGGAGGCUUUCUGGGUUGGUGAAGAUACGAUACCAUUGCUCAAUCACCUUCUCCUUGUUGCAGUCGAUCAAAAGUCCUUUGACCGUUGCAAUUUUCGACGGCUUCACUGCUACAAACUUGUAACAGAUGGAGUUGAUAUCAGUGAAGAGGGAUUCUACAUGUCUGAUAUUUUUGUUAAGAUGAUGUGGACAAGAGUCCUCUUCCUUGGUGAUAUCCUCAGACGUGGUUACAGCUUCAUUUUCACGGAUACAGAUAUAAUGUGGUUGAGAGAUCCCUUCAAGAGGCUGAGCUUAGAUGAAGGUGUGGAUUUCCAGCCCAGCAGUGAUAUUUUCAAUGGCGAUCAAUGGUCACUAAAUAACACCCUCAACGCUGGUUUCUACUUCGUCAGACCAAACAACAAGACCAUUGCUAUGUUCAAUUCCUGGUAUAACAAUAGAAACUUCUCGAGGAAUGAACAGCAUGUGCUCGAGCAUAUUAAGAACAAUGGUGUGUUUGAACAGUUAGGGCUCAAAGUGAAGUUCAUGGACAACCUCUAUUUUAGCGGAUUCUGCAUUGAUAGCAGAGAUUUUAAUGUGGUGACAACCGUCCAUGCGAAUUGCUGUCGUGGUGUAAGAGCCAAGGUGACUGAUAUAACCAUUGCACUUCAGGAUUGGAAGAAGUAUAAGAGCUCCACUGAUCGUACAAUGACAUUUUAUUGGUCCAAUCACUCGGCCUGCAUCGAUUCAUGGAAAUUUUGAAGCAAUUCUGUUGAGUCUCUAACAUUUACAGAAUUCUUUAGAAAGAUAUCCAUCCAAUGCAGCUGGACUUUACAAUGUGAA